AUAGCUAUGGUCCAUGUAAUUGGAGUAGCUUCCCUUAGUAAACAUGGCAGCAAUAGGAGCAAUCGAAAAAGCAAAAGUACUUGUUGUUGGGGAUUCAGGAGUUGGUAAAACAUCUGUAGUUCACCUGAUCUGUCACAAUGAACCAUGUCACAAUCCUUCAGCAACCAUUGGAUGUUCUGUGGAAGUUAAACUCCAUGAAUUUAGAGCUGGGACACCUGCUGAACGAGAUUAUUUUCUGGAAUUAUGGGACAUUGGGGGGUCUUCAAGUCAUCGCAACAGCCGUUCCAUCUUCUAUCAUCAGGUCCAUGGUAUAAUUCUUGUGCAUGAUUUGACUAAUCGAAAAUCUCAUCAAAACCUUCAUAAAUGGCUAGCAGAGGUUCUUAAUAAGGACACAGAUACCACAAACAAUGGGAAUGAGUUUGAUCCAGAAACUUUUGCGGGAAACCAGAUCCCCAUUCUUGUCAUUGGUACCAAAGCAGACUCGGCUGCCAGCCUGAGAGAGACAAAGAUAUCUAGAACAUCAUCUAUUGCAGAAGAAUGUGGUGCAGAUGAACUGCAUUUGGAUAGCAUGAAUACUAAAUACUUGGCACCUGGGUCGACUAAUGCUGUUAAAUUGACCAAAUUUUUUGACAAAGUGAUUGAGCGAAGAUACUCUGGCAAUCAGGUUAGUUUUGGAAGCAAAAUGUUUCACAAUUACUUUGGAGAUUAGGAAAGAUCUGAAAAGUGCUUACACUUCCAGCUCAGCUCAUGGCCACAUAAGUCCACUCCAGACCAAGCGAGUAUGGAAGAGCUCUCACAUGGACUGAAAAUGCAGAAAUGUAACAGACUUUUAGCAGAUAGUGCACUUGCACAGAACUGCUUCAUUUGAAAAACACAUUGACUUGGAUGAUAAGGUGUAAAGUGCAUGACAAAAUUGUGGUGUGUGAUGGGGAAAACAUAAAUUUGUUUCUUUGACAUUUUAAUGUGGGUCAUCUUAUUUAAAGUCUUAGUUGAUCUUUUGUACAUAUGUUUGGUGAUAAUCUGUAUGUAUGGAAAAAUAAAGUAAAUGUAUGGUCUCAACUUAUUAUCUCACCACCAUCACCGCGAAAUGAUGGGCAAUAGUCAGAGCGGCAAUGUAAAGGGGAUCAGGAUAACUUUCGGGGAAAAUACAUUCCAAAGUGAUGUGAGAGGCAGGGUUGGUGAUAACAAGUUGAGACUGUAAUUGUUAUGAAACAAAAAACAGUUUUAGCAUUGUAGAAAUUAAUUUACAGUUAGAGUUAAAGUGAUUACUCAAAUAACUCCGGCACAUAAUGUAAAAUUUGUAAAGUGCAUACCCCCACUCCUAAGGAGCAUGCUCUUAGCACCUAAGAACAAGAAUGAGUCAUGGAUAGCUUACAAGAGACAGGAAAACAAACGAAUAAUAUAUGAACUACGAAAGAAUAAACAAUAGAUGAAUAAAAACAGGUACAGAAAAUGCAAAGAGGAACCAAAUAGCAAGAACUGAGAGUAUCAUGAGGAUAAUGAAGGUUAUAUACCACCAAUAAUAUAAUACUUCCAUUCAGAGGUGGAAAUUUAUUUUGCUCUGAUAAAUUGUAUAAAACAUAUAACAUCGUCUCUCUUUUUCUUUCUGUUUGUUUUACAUAAUGUGAAACCUAACAACAAAACAGACAAAUUUUCAUUCUAAGACUCCAGCAAUAAGGACGUGCCUAUACUAGCAAAUGUUAAAAUAAAUUUUCAUAUACUUAAAAAGAAGAUUCUAAAAAAAGCUAUAGAUAUAGAAAAAAAAGGCACAUGAAGUCAACUGCCUUGAAAUGCAAGACUUCACCAUAUACGCUUUCUGGCUGUCAAUAGAAAAUUAUUUUCCUUUCCCUAUGUCACAUUGCUCACAAUUAAACAGAUGUACAAGUCCCUACACAUAUUCAUAAUAACCAAGGUUAUAUACUACAGAUUAUAUGAUUCUUCCAUCCAGAGGUGGAAAUAUAUUUUACUAUAGCAUAAAAUAGUACAUAAAGUAGUAUCCAGAGACAGAUCAGUUGGGACAGACAAGUUACCAUACAGGCAAAUGUUACACGUUUUUUAUGCUUUAUAAUUAAAUAAGACAAAAAAGACUACAGAUGUACAAAAAGGCUCAUGAAGUCAACUGCCUUGAAAUGCAAAAAACUUCACCACAGCCAUCUUCAUGUUGUCAAUAGAAAAUUCUCCCCUAUACAUGCACAUCCACAUAGAUGCAUACAUGUGCAAAAGAUCUUUUACACACAUAAAAAUAGUAACGAGAAUUUGUAUAGCACUUUUCCAAUUAUAUUCCAGAGUGCUUUACAUAAUAUACAAUCACAACAAACACGCACCCACAUUUGCAUGUAACAGACGCUCACUUUUACAACAGACACCUGCUCAUACAAAGUAAAAUACAGACAGGUUAUGCACACUCAUGGUUAGGACUGGGUCACAUUGAAGUAACCACUCUAAAAAGAUGUCUUAAAUUUAGACUCAAAGGUGGUAAAAUUAUCAGAGUGAAAAAAGGCCAACGGGUAACCUGUUCCUGGCGCUAGAUAGGAGAAAGACCUCCGUCCAUAUGUCUUUAUCUUAGCAAGUGGAACUCUCAGAAGCUUGGUGUCUGAAAAUGAGCUAAGAAGUCGUGCAGGCGUAUGGAUGGGAGGGAGCUUGGAGAUACCAGAGACCAAUGCCAGAAACAGCGGAGGUCAAAGUUAUUAUUAAUGUUAUAAAAAAAAA